AUGCAGCUGAAUGACGAUUUCGACGAUGCUGACAGCGCGCAUCUCGGCGACGACGAGCUCGAGCUAGACGACGAGGAUGACGAGGACGACGACGAGGACGAGGACGACGAUGAGUUGCAGUCGGAUGCAUCGCCACCAGUGCGGCAGCGGCGAGGAGGGUCGCUUUUGCUGUCCAGCCACCACCACCACGACCACAACCACAACGACCGACAGAAUCACCAGCAGCAUCAGUACGCGAGCAGCACUCACGGGACACGCAUGCUGGUCCAGCCGCCGCCCGCGCUCGACGCUGCACGGCUCGAUGAAGACGGGAAUGAUGACGAGGACGAUGCGAAUCUGUACAUCCAUCUGCAGCGGCCGAGACCAGUGCGGCCAGCCAUGCAACCCCAGCCAGAGCAUCAGCAGCCGCGAGUCUCGAAUCGCGGUCGUCGGCUGGGCGUCAUCACUCCAGAAGGAAGCGACCACGACCAUGAGCACGGCCGGGAGCACAGCCAGGAGCACAGCCAGGAUCAUAACGAUGACGAUGACAUUGAGCAUGAAUACGAGGACGACGAGAGCUUGGCCGACGCGGAUGGCAGAGUCCGCUCGCUCCGCUUACGCGCUCAGAACGGCCUGGUCGCCCAGCGUGAACGAGCCGUGAGCACCUCGAGUAGAGCCAUUCCACUACCAUCACGACGAGGUGCGAAUGAGACAGCAGUCACAGCCGGAACAUUUGGAUUUGCAAGCCAAGGCGGCGCGUCGCAGUCGUGGCCUCCUGCUGCUCCUGCUGCUGCUGCUGUUGCUACUGCUGCUGCUGGUGGUGGAGCAGACCAUCCGAGUGCUGUGCGUACAAGUGGCGCGCGUCUCGUGUUGGUGCGAAACUCGCCGACCCCGAACAGACGCCGGCCAGUUCCAUCAUCGCCGUCGCCUCAGCCAGAUCGACCUGCGUCUCCUGCAAGGUCGAGAGCACGGCCGAGUGUUGGAGACGCACCCGCACCCGCGACGGCAAGCACGGCAAGUGGUACCUCGACCACCCCUCGACGCACCACUCGCCGGCAGGUGAAUAGCCGCUUGGCAAAACGUCGCGAGUUGAGCGAGGACGAGGUUCUUGCUCCUCUGCGCAUGCUCUCGUUGUACAAUACCGUCCCAGAAGAACUCGCCCUGGCCGCGCAAGCCGCACAGCAAACAACCGUACUUGGCGCAGCCACAAGGCGAGCCAUUUUGUCCGGCGAAGGGUCUACCAGCUCCAACGCAUCGCUUGAUCAGCCCAAGGCAUCGGCCACCAUGGAAGCCUCGCAGGCAAAUAACAACAACAUCUCCAACGACUCGCCCAGCGAUGCCUCGGUUGGCGCACCUGUGCGGCCGAACAAGCGCAGGCUGGUCAGUACGCCACUCGAGCGCUCAAUGAACGAUCUGUUGGACGCCGUCAUCGAGUGCAACACGCCACCAGCCACGUCAAAUCGUUCCGGGCGGCCACUUCAAGAUGAUGGCGGUUAUGAAUUGCCUGCAACAGGGGUCGAGUCGCCGUUUGACGUUGCACAGGAAUUGACAUUCCUGGUCAAGCGCGUUCGCGUUCACGAGCCCAUGGGAUGGGCGUCUGGGCUUGUUCCUGGCGAAUCCAUGUCUUACAUUACAUGA